CUCACUGGCGUUAACGACAAUGGCCCACGAUUUGAACAUCCCAUCUAUCGUGUGAAUGUCUCGGAAUCGACACCAGCUGAUACGAAACUGCUGACUGUAAAGGCAGUGGAUCCAGAUGGUGGCAACGGACUGAUUAGUUAUGCUGUCAGUGGAAAAGACUCCUCCAUUGUUCACAUGGAUCCCGCCACAGGAUUACUCAGUCUAGCCCAACAGCUAGACUUUGAAAAGCGGCAACGUUAUGAGAUGUCUCUGGUAGCAGCAGAUGACUCACAACUAGCUGGAGAGUCCAAGCUGGUGCUGACGGUGGAGGAUGUGAAUGAUGAGCCACCUCGGUUCUCUACACCAUUCGCCGCUGCAACGGUAGCUGACACAGCGACGGCUGGCCAGUUUGUCGCUAUCAUGAGCGUCACGGAUGAUGAUACCGUAUCGUCCAUCAAAGGUGAUCACCGCCUGUUGUAUUCGAUCAUCGAAGGCGAUGAGACGCUGUUUUCCGUUGCGGAGCAUACCGGAGAGGUGUCACUGCUCCGUUCCAUCGAUGCUGAUGAUGCAAUGAACGACGGUGGACAAAAGGUCCUAAAUGUCUCGUAUCGGAUGGAUUGUUCACCGCCUACGGUCAACUGA